AUGGGGCCGCCAGGAGGUAGCGGUGGUAGUACGCUGGAUGAAAGUGUCAAAGAUUUAUUUGAUAGGAUAGGGAAAGAAGUGCAUGACCAAGUGGAAAAGGAAGCUAACCAAUAUAAAGAGGCGUUGAAAGGAGAUUUGUCAAGCGCAACAUUUCCUACAGGACGACGACAUGAAAAACCGCAGUCAGAAUCAUGCAAACUUAAUUAUAUAUAUGAUACUAAUGUUACCAGUGGUGGUGGUAAAGAGAAUCCUUGUUACGGUAGACAAGGUGUUCGUUUUUCUGAUACAAAAGGAGCAAAAUGUUAUUCUUAUAAAAUAGAGGAUAAUGAUAGUAGCAUUGGUUUUUGUGCUCCUUAUAGAAGGUUACAUCUGUGUGUUCAAAAUCUGGAACAGAUAAAGCCUGAUCAAAUUACAAGUACUCAUAAUUUAUUGGUUGAUGUAUUACUUGCAGCAAAAUAUGAAGGACAAUCAAUAACACAAGAUUAUCCAAAAUAUCAAGCAACAUAUGAUGAUUCUCCUUCUAAAAUGUGUACUAUGUUGGCACGAAGUUUCGCAGAUAUAGGUGAUAUCGUUAGAGGAAAAGAUCUAUUUCUUGGCACCAAUGAAGAGAAAAAACCAUUAGAAGAAAAUUUGAAAGAAAUUUUCAAGAAAAUAUAUGAAAAUUUGGGUAUACAAGAAAAAAAUCACUACAAUGAUACUCCAGAUUAUUAUAAAUUACGAGAAGAUUGGUGGAUUGCUAAUCGUGACCAAGUAUGGAAAGCUAUUACAUGCAACGCUGGGGGUUAUUCAUAUUUUCGAAAAACAUGUGGUGGUGAUAAUGAAAAAAAUUCAACUCUUGCUAGUAACAAAUGCCGCUGUAAGGACGAAAAGGGCGAACAUGACACCGACCAGGUCCCCACAUAUUUUGACUAUGUGCCACAGUAUCUUCGCUGGUUCGAGGAAUGGGCAGAAGAUUUUUGUAGGAAAAAAAAAAUAAAAGUAGAAAAUGUGAAAAAAUCAUGUCGUGGAGAAGAUAAAGAGAGUAAGGAUCGAUAUUGUAGCCGUAAUGGCUACGAUUGCGAAAAAACCAAACGAGCGAUUGGUAAGUUACGUUAUGGUAAGCAAUGCAUUAGCUGUUUGUAUGGAUGCAAUCCUUACGUUGACUGGAUAGAAAAACAAAAAGAACAAUUUGACAAACAAAAAAAAAUAUAUGAUAAAGAAAUAAAAAAAUAUGAAAAUGGAGCAUCAAGUAGUAGUAGGAAAACGCGAGCUGCAAGUACUACUAAUUAUGAAGAGUAUGAAAAAAAAUUUUAUGAGGAACUUAAUAAAAGUGAAUAUAGUGAUGUUAAUGCUUUUUUGGAAAAAUUAAGUAAAGAAGAUGUAUGCACAAAAGUUCAAGACGACAAAGGAGGAAGAAUUAGUUUUGAAAACGUUAAAAGUAGUAGUGCUAGUGGUGGUGCUGCUGGUACUAGUAGUACUAGUGGUGGUGGUACUAGUGGUGAUAGUGGUACUAAUAAUGAAAAUGAAGGAACAUUUUAUCGUUCAAAAUAUUGCCAACCCUGUCCUCCAUGCGGGGUCGAACGUAAUGUUAAUGAUUGGAAAGAGAAACAUAAAAUUCAAGAAUGCAAGAGUAUAAACCUUUAUAAGCCUAAUGAGUACGCAAAACCUACUAAUAUUACAAUCCUUAAAAGUGGUGAAGGACAUGAAGAUAUUGAAACAAAAUUAAAGGCGUUUUGUGAUAAAAAAGAUGGUACUGGUAGUGGUGAUUGUGGUGGUAAUAGUGAUCCUUCUUUGUGUGAACCAUGGCAAUGUUAUGAAGAGAAAGAUAUAGAAAAACACGGUGACGUUGACGAUGACGACGCCGAUGGAAAUCCACUUAAUGCAGGUGGAUUAUGUAUAUUGAAAAACGAAAAACAUGUAAGUGAAACCAAUUCUCAAAUUGAACCUGAUCAAUUCCAAAAGACAUUCCAUGAUUUUUUUUACUAUUGGGUUGCACAUAUGUUAAAAGAUUCCAUACAUUGGAAAAAAAAACUUCAGAGAUGUUUAGAAAAAAAGAAUGGCAACACAUGUAAAAAAAAUAAUUGUAAGGAUAAUUGUGGUUGUUUUGAAAAAUGGGUUGCACAAAAAAAAGAACAAGAAUGGGACCCAAUAAAACAACAAUUUCGCAAGCAAGAUUUUGGCAAGCAAGAAUUAAUUCUUGGCCAAAUUCGUUACGAUUAUGUUCUUGACGAACUUUUGAAGAAAGACGAACUUUUGACAAGUAUUAAAGAGGGUUAUGGGGAUGCAAAUGAAAUAAAACACAUUAAGGCACUGUUGGAAGAUGAAGAAAAUGAAGAAACUCAAGAAGAAGAAACAGCUGGUGCCGACAAUCAAAAGAAGAAUACAAUUGAUUGGUUGAUCCAACACGAAGAAGACGACGCCGAAUUAUGCCUAGAAAUUCACGAAGAUGAGGAGGAAGGCGGCGGAAACGACGAAUGUGACGACGACCACGAAGAAGAAGUUUACGUCAGUAAUCCAUGUGCUACUCCUAGUGGUAGUUAUCCUUCGCUUGCCAACAAAGUGGCACAACUAAUGCAUCACAAGGCAAAGACACAAUUGGCUAUUCGUGCUGGUAGAAGUUUGUUGAGAGCCAAUGCAUCAAAAGGUGAAUAUAAACAUGAAGGUAAUCCAGAUGACUUCAAGAAGGAAAAAUUAUGUGAAAUAACUGCAAAGCAUUCCAAUGAUAGUCGUCGUGACGGUGAACCGUGUAAAGGCAAAGAUGGAAACAAUGAGAGAUUUAAAAUAGGAACGGAAUGGAAAAUUGGAGAAAAAGUAGAAACGUCAUACAAAGACGUCUUUUUACCUCCCCGACGACAACACAUGUGUACGUCGAAUUUAGAAAAUUUAGAUGUUGAUAGUGUCACUGAAAAUGAUAAGGCUAGCCACUCAUUAUUGGGAGAUGUUCAGCUCGCAGCAAAAACUGAUGCAGCUGAGAUAAUAAAACGCUAUAAAGAUCAAAAUAAUAUACAACUAACUGAUCCAAUACAACAAAAAGACCAGGAGGCUAUGUGUCGUGCUAUACGUUACAGUUUUGCUGAUCUUGGAGACAUUAUCCGAGGAAGAGACAUGUGGAAUAAAGACAGUGGCUCAACAGAAAUGGAAAAACAUUUGAUAUCCAUAUUUGAAAAAAUUAAUGAAAAACUUCCUGAAAAAGAACAAAAAAAAUAUAGCAACGAUGGUAAAUAUUUAGAUUUACGUAAAGAUUGGUGGGAAGCAAAUAGAUAUAAAGUAUGGAAAGCAAUGAAAUGUGCAACAAAAAACAGCAAAAUCCCAUGUAGUGGUAUCCCAAUAGAAGAUUAUAUUCCUCAACGUUUACGUUGGAUGACCGAAUGGGCAGAAUGGUUCUGCAAAGAGCAGUCACAGGCGUAUGAGACGCUACAGGAUCAGUGUGGUAAGUGUACAGGGCCUAAUAAGGAUAAUUGUACGAGAGAUAAUAAUGAUUGUAACACGUGCACAAAAGCAUGUGAAGAAUAUGAACAAAAAAUAAAAAAAUGGGCAGAUCAAUGGAAGGUAAUAUCAAAAAAAUACGAAGAAUUAUACCUACAAGCAAAAACUGCUUUUGCUCGUACUGCUUUUCCUGAUGACGAUCCCGACUAUCAACAAGUGGUAGAAUUCUUCAAAGAAUUACAAAAAGAAAUUAAUAGAAGUGCCUCCCAACGCUCUAAACGCUCAAUCGAUGUUACUAAUACCGACCCUACACUCACCUCCCCCUAUAGUUCCGCCGCAGGGUACAUACACCAGGAAAUAGGAAAUGUAGGGUGCAACGUACAAACCCAAUUUUGUGAAAAAAAAAAUGGCGUCAUCCCAACUACUGGUUCCGGUACAAAUAACAAGAAUUAUGCGUUUAAAAAUACACCUAAAGAUCAUGAUGAGGCGUGUGAGUGUGAAAGUAGGCCACAAGUGCCUCCGAAAAAAAAAGAAGAUGAAGAGGAUGUGUGCGAGAAGGUGAAGGGGCUUCUGAAAGGUAAGGAUGGUGAAACAACAGAAAUAAAUGGAUGUAAACCAAAAGGUAAUGGGAACACGUGGAACUGUUCUAAUCAAAUUGAUGAUUCACAUAAGGGAGCGUGUAUGCCACCUAGAAGGCAAUCAUUAUGCAUACACAAUUUAAAAGAAUCUAAUGAAACUGGUACAGAACAACAAUUGAGAGAAGCAUUUAUUAACUGUGCAGCAAUAGAAACUUUUUGGUUAUGGUAUAAAUACAAAAAGGAUAAGAAUGUUGAUGCAGAGAAAAAAUUAGAACAAGGAGAGAUCCCUUCGGAAUUUUUGAGAUCCAUGAUCUAUACGUUUGGAGAUUAUAGAGAUUUAUGUUUAAAUACGGAUAUAUCUGCAAAAAAAGACCCUAUAAAAAUCGUUAAAAAUAAUAUACAAAAAGUUUUUAAUAGAAAUAAUGGACCACAUAAAGAAGGAGAUAAAGAAAAACGUAAAAAAUUUUGGGAAACAAAUAAAAAUGAUAUAUGGCAAGGAAUGUUAUGUGCCUUAGAAAAAAUUGCAAACAACAAAAAGACACUUACCGAAACGUACAACUACUCCCUCGUCAAAUUCAGUGGCAACAAUUCCACCACCCUCGAAGACUUUGCGAAAACCCCCCAGUUUUUACGUUGGUUUACAGAAUGGGGAGACGACUUUUGUCAGCAACAAAAGGAACAAUUGGUCACUUUACAAGAGGCGUGCCCAAAUGGAAUAUGCGAACAAUCGGAAGAAGAAAAAAAAAAAUGUAAAAGUGCGUGUGAAAAAUAUCAAGCAUUUAUUGAAAAAUGGAAAGGAUAUUAUGAUAAACAAAGCAAAAAAUAUUUUUAUGAUAUAUCAACAGGAAUGUAUAAAGAUAAUUCUUCUGCUAAAGAUGACGUAACUGUUUCAUCAUAUGCUUAUGAAUAUUUAAACAAAUCGUUGAAAAAACUUUGUCCCGAUGGGUCCUGCAGUUGUAUGGAACAAAGAUCACAACAACAUAAUGAAGAUUCUAGUGAUGCAUUAGAAACCCACAAUUCUAUUAUGCCUCAAUCAUUGGAUAAAGAACCAAAAGAAGUCAAAGGUAGAUGUAAAUGUCCAGAUCCACCAAAACCAUGCGACAUAGUAAAAGACCUUUUUGAAAAUAAAGAUGAUAACAAAUUUACUGAAGCUUGUUCAACAAAAUAUAAAAAUGGAAAAGAAAAAUAUACACAAUGGAAAUGUAUAAAUGAUAGUAGUAACACCACUAGGUCGUCCCCCCCCGCCCCCGUCGCUUCGUCGACGUUAUCGACCUCGCCGGAAGCUGGCGCAUCCGCGACAUGCAUUCCCCCACGACGACAACAAAUGUAUAUACAACCGUUACAAUCACUUAGUGGUAACGAGUCACAAGUGGAGUUACGACGUAUAUUUAUUGAAAUGGCGGCUAUUGAAACAUUUUUUCAGUGGCAUAAAUUUAAAAAAGAGAAAGUAAGAGAAAUAAAAGAAAAAGAUGAAAUAGAUGGAAAAAUUUCAUUAUUCGGCCAAGAUGAUACAUCAAUCGAAGAAAAUCUCCAAAAACAAUUAAAAAAUGGAACAAUUCCUGAUGACUUUAAAAGGCAAAUGUUCUAUACGUUUGGUGAUUAUAAAGAUAUAUUAUUUGGGAAGUAUAUAGGUAUUGAUAUGGGUACAGUGAAAACUAAUAUAGGUAGGGUUUUUAAUAAUGGAGGCAACAAAUCUGAUGAAGAACGUGAAAAAUGGUGGAAAAAUCAUGGUCCAUCUAUAUGGAAUGGAAUGUUAUGUGGUCUAAGUUAUGAUACCAAAACAAAACAUAAUAUUCAAGGUGUGUAUACGCAACUUACUGACCCUUCCAAGAACAACAUGUAUGAAAAAGUGACAUUCCCUUCAAAAACUGGUCCUAGUGUUAAUACCAAAUUAGAACAAUUUGCACGUAGACCCACAUAUUUUCGUUGGUUAGAGGAGUGGGGAGAAGAAUUUUGUAAAAAACGAACAGAUAAAUUAAAAAAACUUGAAAAAGAAUGUCGUGGAGUAAAUUAUAGUGGUUAUAAUAAAUAUUGUAGUGGUGAUGGCUAUCAUUGUGAUGAUGAAAAAGGUACAUAUAAUAGCAUUAAUGCAAAUUUAAAUUGUCGUGAUUGUAUGAAAGAAUGUAGAAAUUAUAAAACAUGGAUAGUAAAAAAAAAAAAUGAAUAUGAUAAACAAAAAAGUAAAUAUGUUAACGAACAUGAAAAUGUAAUAUCUUUUUUGAAUAAACAAUCUUAUAAGCAAUUGUAUGAAAAUAUAAAACCUUAUUCGUCUGCUGCAGAUUUUUUCACAUCACUCAAUCAUUGCAAACCUGAUAAAGCUAAUGACGAUAAAAAUAAUAAAUUAAAUUUUAAGAAUCCGCACGAAACAUUUUCUCCUUCAACGUAUUGUAAAGCGUGUCCUUUGAAUGGAGUUAUUUGUCGUGGUAGAAGUCAAUGUGCUGCUAAUAGUGAAAACAAUCUAACCAACCUAGGCGAGUCAACUGAUUUUGAUAUACUUAUAAAUGAUGCUGCAAUUCAUGAUAAUGACAAUGAAAUAAAGAAGGGUUGUCCAACAUAUGAAAUGUAUAAAGAUUUAAGAAAACAAAAAUGGAUAUGUCAAAAAAAAACGGGUGAAGUACAUCAAUGUAAGUUAAAUAAUGCUGCUGACUCUAAAUAUUAUGAUAACAAAUUUCCAUUUAAUAUAUUGUUUCACCGUUGGAUAACUGAUUUCAUACAAUAUUAUAACAAAUCAAAAGAAAAAAUUAAACCAUGUACAAAUGAUGUAAAUUCGUGCAAACAAGGAUGUAAAGGUAAUUGUGACUGUGUAGACAAAUGGUUAAAAAACAAAUCUACAGAAUGGGAAAUCAUAAAAAAAUAUUAUAAGGAAAAUUUCGGAAAUACUAAUGAGCAUAUUGCUUAUGCGAUCAAAAUUUUUCUUCAAGAGGGACUCUUUGACAGCGAUUAUAAGAGAGCCCAAGAAGUGAUUGAUCAAAAUGAAUGGGAACAAUUAUGGGGAUGUACUGGUGAUAAUCUUAAAGAUGUUAAGGAUCAGAAAGCAGAAAACUGUAAUAAGGGCGAUUUUAUAACAAAUUUAAUUUCUAAACUUCAAGACAAAAUAACAUCUUGUCAAAACAAACACAACCCUAAUGGCAAAACAGCUUGUGAUGAAAUCCCCCCCCAUAGUGACGAAGAAGAAACCUCUCUCCUUGAUGAUGACACAUCCACCCAGGAAAAAAUGAGUCCAGAUUUUUGUCCAAGUGAUAUGCCGGAGAAACCCAAAACAGAUUCCGAUAUUUUGUGUGAUGAUAAGAAAGAACCGAAGUGUGGAAAUUUUAGAACUCUUUUUAAAACUAGUACAUCUAAAACUAAAACCAAUUUGAUAGGGUUGGAAGCGCACAAUCAUAGAGCAGGACGCUUUUACCCCAAUGUGUAUAUUUCUCCUAGAGCACAUCAAUUGUAUCUUGAACCAUUAAAAGAUUUAAAAGAAAAUAAUACAGAUAAAAAUGAACUUAUUAAAGCAUUCACAAAAUGUGCCUAUAAUGAAGGAAAAUGUUUAUACGAGUACUAUAGCAAAAAUAAGGCUACGCUUGGAAAAAACGGUUCUGCAUUAUCGAAUGAUGAGGUAAAAACAUAUACCUUAGAAGCUAUGGAAAGAUCUUACGCAGAUUAUGGUACUAUAGUUAAAGAAGAUAUUUUAUGGGAUUAUGAAGAUAAGAAAAAAAUAGAUCCAAAAAUUAUGAAUUUUGCUAAAAAUCAUAAUAUAUCAACUACAAAAACCAUUGUAUCUUCUUUAGAUGACGAUGAUGUAAAACGUCAAAAGUUAUGGGAAUCAAUACGAAUUGAUGUUUGGAAAGCUAUGAUAUGUGGAUACAAAGAUGCAAUAGGAGGUGAUAUGAAUAGUUUACCAAAUGAUGUUGAUUUAUGUACAUUGCCUACUACUGAUGAUGAAUAUUCGUUUUUAAGAUGGUUUGUUGAAUGGGGACAAAAUUUUUGUAUACGACAUGAGAAAGAGUUAAAACAGUUGAAUGAAGAAUGUGCAAGGGGCACAUGUGACGGUACAGAUGAAGAGAAAAAGAAAAAAUGCGAAAAAGCAUGUAAAAAUUAUAGGGAAUUUCUAAAUAAUUUCAAAAAACAAUAUGAAAAUCAAAAAAAAGAAUACGAAAUUAUAAAGUCCUCAUAUCCUAAAUAUGAAAAAAAAGAUGCCUUCACAUUUUUAAAAGAUAAAUGUAAUUCAAAUUAUUCGUGUUUUGAAAAUAAGACUGAAAUUAGCGUUCUUAAAAUGUUUGAACAUCCUCCUGAUGAUGUUAAAGAUGAAUGUGAUUGUAAAACGUCAAAAGCACAUGACGAUAAAGUUAAUGAUCUAGAUAAAUGUCCAAAUAAUAUCAAUAAUAAUAAAAAUAUAUGUAAUAAAUAUAAAAAACGACGAAUAUGUGGUGAUUUAAAAUAUAGCAAUUCUCUAGACCAUUGGUUUGGAACAAAUACGUUAAUACCUCCUAGAAGAAGACAUUUAUGUCUUAGAAAUAUAAUCAUCAAAAAAAAUUAUAGAAAAGGAGAUAUUAGUAAAUUCAAAGAUGACCUUUUUUAUGCUGCAGCCAGUGAAGCGAAAUUUUUGUUUAACAAUUAUGAGAACAAAAAUGAAAGUUUACAAGCAAUAAAAUACACUUUUGCUGAUAUUGGUGAUAUAAUUAAAGGAAACGAUAUGAUGGACGAUAUGACAUACAAAAAAAUUAAAGGUAAAUUAGAAAAAGUACUUGACAAAACAGGAAAUAAUCCUGAGACACCUGAGAAAUGGUGGGAACAAAAUAAAAAACAUGUAUGGGAGGCUAUGUUAUGCGGAUAUAAACUGGCUGGAGGAGAAAUUAAACCUAAUGACUGCAAUAUCCCUACUGAAGAAAGUACUCAUCAAUUUUUACGAUGGCUAACUGAAUGGGGAACACAAUACUGUAAAGAAAAACAACAAUUAAAAUUAAAUAUGCAAAUACCUUGUAUGACCCAUUUUGAUAAAUAUGGAAUAAUUGAAAAUAGAAUUGAUGUACAUCCUAAUUGUUUACAAGGUUUGGGAAAAUAUGAAAUAUGGAGCAAUAAUAGAAUACCUGACUGGGAACGUUUGUCCAGCAAAUUUAAUGAGGUUAAGGGUACCAUGAAUGAGAAUGUUAAAAAAUUAACUGCCUAUGAAUAUUUAAAACAAAAUUGUUCUAAAUGUAUAUGUAGUUUUAAAGAUAUAGAGCAAACACAUAAAAAAAGCAAAGAUGAAGGAUAUCAUAUAUAUGAAGAUAUAUUGGAUAAAGCUCAAAUUCCAAGUUUUUUGGAAGAUACAGCUUAUAGAUACAAAGGAUUGAAUCCUGAAUGUCCUGAAGACAUUGAAUGUAGUCAAUAUGGAAAUAUUCCAUGUAGGGGGGUGUCACAUGAUGAUGAUAAUGAUUGGAAUUCAUCAUUUGUUAAAGAUAAUAAAACAACUAAUUUGGGUGUAUUGGUACCUCCUAGAAGACGACAUUUAUGUCUAAGAAUUGAUGUUAAUAAAUUUCUUCGUUUAAGAAAUGAUAUAAAUAACCUCAAGACGUUCAUUUGUAAAUCUGCAUUUGCUGAAGCUAAAAGAUUAAAAAAAGUAUAUAAAGAUGAUAAUAGUAAACUUCAUCAAGCAAUGAAAUAUAGUUUUUCCGAUAUAGGAAGUGUUGUAAAAGGUAAUGAUAUGAUGGAAAGUCCGACAUCAGAUAAUAUAGCUAAAAUAUUUAGAGGUAUGAAAUAUACUGAAAUUAAUCGUGAAACGUGGUGGGACUUAAAUAAAUAUCAUGUAUGGGAAUCCAUGCUAUGUGGAUAUAGAGAAGCUGGUGGUGAUACAAAAAAGAGCGAAAAUUGCAGGUUUCCUGAUAUUGAACGUGUUCCUCAAUUUUUACGAUGGUUCCAGGAAUGGACUGAAAUUUUUUGUAUAAAAAGAAAAACAUUGUAUGAUAAGAUGGUCACUGAAUGCCAGAAGGCUGAAUGUGAUACAUCUAAUGGAACUGUUAAAGAAACUAAAUGUACUAAAGCUUGUGAAGAAUAUAAAAGUUACGUUUUAUCAAAAAAGAAAGAAUAUUAUAUUCAAAAGGAUAAAUAUGAUAAUCAAUUUAAAAAGGUACUAAAUAAUAAAGAUGCCGAAGAAUUCUUGAACGUUCAUUGUCUCUCUGAAUAUUUUAAGGAUGAAACAAGAUGGAAAAAUCCUUAUGAAUCAAUCGCUGAUAAAGCACUUAAAGGUAAAUGUGAUUGCAAAAAAAUGAUUCCCACAACACCUGAAGUAAAACCUAAAAAGCCAGCUGUACCAGAAGCAAAAAAACCUGAGGUAGAACCCCUUCCUUCGGACGAACCGUUCAAUCGUGACAUUCUGGAAAAAACCAUUCCUUUUGGAGUGGCGUUAGCAUUAGGAUCGAUAGCUUUUUUAUUUUUGAAGAAAAAAACACAAGCUCCCGUGGACCUAUUCAGUGUUAUUAAUAUACCCAAAGGUGAUCAUGAUAUACCUACAUUGAAAUCAAGCAAUCGUUAUAUCCCCUAUGUUAGUGAUCGAUAUAAAGGUAAAACAUACAUUUAUAUGGAAGGAGAUAGUGAUAGUGGACACUACUACGAAGAUACAACUGAUAUAACUUCCUCAGAAAGUGAGUAUGAAGAAUUGGAUAUUAAUGAUAUAUAUCCAUAUAAAUCACCAAAAUACAAAACAUUGAUCGAAGUCGUACUUGAACCUAGUGGUAACAACACACCAACUAGUGACACACCUAGUGAUACACAAAAUGAUAUACCAAGUGGUGAUACACCUAACAAUAAACUUACAGAUAAUGAGUGGAAUACAUUGAAAGAUGAAUUUAUAUCACAAUAUAUACAAAGUGAACAACCAAAUGAUGUACCAAAUGAUUAUACAAGUGGAAAUAGUUCAACAAAUACCAAUAUUACUACCACGUCACGUCAUAAUGUGGAAGAAAAACCUUUUAUUAUGUCUAUUCAUGAUAGAAAUUUAUAUACUGGAGAAGAAUACAAUUACGAUAUGAGUACUAACAGUGGUAAUAAUGAUUUAUACAAUGGUAAAAAUAAUUUAUACAGUGGUCAAAAUAAUGUAUACAGUGGUAUUGAUCCAACAAGUGAUAACCGUGGUCCUUAUAGUGAUAAAAAUGAUCGAAUUAGUGAUAACCAUCAUCCUUAUAGUGGUAUAGAUUUAAUUAAUGACACAUUAAGUGGUAACGCACAUAUUGAUAUAUAUGAUGAAUUAUUAAAACGAAAAGAAAAUGAAUUAUUUGGAACAAAUCAUGUGAAACAUACGAGUACACAUAGUGUUGCAAAACAUACAAAUAGUGACCCCAUCCACAACCAACUAAAUUUGUUCCAUACAUGGUUAGAUAGACAUAGAGAUAUGUGCGAGAAGUGGAAUACCAAGGAAGAAUUGUUAGAUAAAUUGAAUGAACAAUGGAAUAAAGAUAAUAACAAUAGUGGUAAUAUUAACCCUAGUGGUAAUACCCCACCAACUAGUGACAUACCUAGUGGUAAACUAAGUGACAUACCUAGUGAUAACAACAUACAUAGUGACAUACCAUACGUGUUAAAUACUGAUGUUUCUAUACAGAUAGAUAUGAAUAAUCCCAAAACUACAAAUGAGUUUACAUAUGUGGAUAGUAACCCCAACCAAGUGGAUGACACCUACGUGGAUAGUAACCCUGACAAUUCUUCUAUGGAUACUAUCUUGGAGGAUCUGGACAAACCAUUUAAUGAACCCUACUAUUAUGAUAUGUAUGACGAUGAUAUUUAUUAUGAUGUACAUGAUCAUGAUACAUCAACUGUGGAUACUAAUGCUAUGGAUGUUCCUAGUAAAGUACAAAUUGAAAUGGAUGUAAAUACGAAAUUGGUUAAAGAGAAAUAUCCUAUAUCGGAUGUAUGGGAUAUAUAA